AUACUGAUUGAUUGGUUGGUUGAUUGGUUGAUUGGUUGAUUGAUUGGUUGGUUGAUUGGUUGGUUGAUUGGUUGAUUGAUUGGUUGAUUGUAUAAAGAAUGGUUAACGGAGGCGAUGGAGCGCUGGUGGGCACAAACUGCAGCAGCAACGCGUUACCCCAAGAUUGUGUGGCAUCGAUUUUGUCGUCUCUGACGCGUCAAGCAGAUCGCAAGGCAGCAGCGUUCGUUUGCAAAGAUUGGCUUCGUGUCGCCUUGUCCACGUGGACUGUUAGAUUCUUCUCUGCGCCUUUUUCAGCUCCCCUUGGGGAUCUGACACGUCUGCUCCGCGUUUUCGACUCGCUCACUUCGUGUUGCGUGGUGCUGUCGAGGACAACGGACACGUGUGACGUUCUGUCGUCGUUGUCCGCGCACUGCCCCUCCUUGGCGCGUCUUUCUCUGCAGGGCGAUGGUAAGGGCGUCCACGUGUCACGCGGUGGGCUCGUGAGCCUCACGUCGAACCUCCCAUCGCUUACAGCCGUCGAUUUAUCUGGCCUGGCGACGAUCUGUGGGGAAGAUCUGGCAGCCAUAGCCGCGAACCUUCAGUCUCUGCGCGAGAUCGACCUCAGCGGGUGCAAGCUCGAAAAGGCUCUCCCUCCUCCUCCUCCCCCUCCCCUCUCGUCGUCGUCGUCGUCGCCUUCCUGUCCCGUUUCCUGGUCGCACCAAUCAAGCGAAAACGCCUUGACAGGCUGCUUCUCUCAUGAUGAGCUUGCUGAGCGGUUGAGCGAUGGUGAUGGAGGGCAAAAGAAGGUGCAGAGGCCGUCAGAUGGUGGUAAACCGCUUGCGGAUCUCACGAACCGCGUAGGAAGAGGAGGAGCAAGAGGAGGAGGAGGAGGAGGAGGAGAUGGUGGAGGCGGCGGAGGAGGAGGAGAAGCGACUACCGGUAGCGCCCACCGUCCGCGGAGCUGCUGCGGCAGGAGCAAGGCUACGGCUGAUGUCGUCGGCAUUCUCGAUGGUGAGGAGAGCGGGGGUUGUAGAGCAGAAGACGGGGGAGGGAAGAUAGUCGGUGGGGGUUGUGUAGCCCUCGGAGUCGUCGAAUGUGCUCCCCUCGCGGUCGUUGAUCCCGCUUGUCGAUCUUGUGACAGGUGGCGUGCUCACGUGGCUCCGCUCCCGGUCGUUGAUCCUGUGUUCGGCGCAUUGUUAUCGUGUGGCAGUUGGUGCCUGAGGUACCUCGAAGUGAUUAAUCUGGAGGGCUGUGGGGUUGACGUCACCAACGAGGGGCUGGUGGAACUAACCAGGAGGUGCCGGAGGCUGCGUGAUGUGGGCUUGCCACGUGUCACCGGGUUGCUGGACGAAGGACUCCGUGGAUUGGCUCGAGGCUGCCGCGCCUUGGAGCGGCUCAGCAUCUAUGGCAGCCAGUUGGUAUCCUGCCGCGGGCUUCGUCUGCUCGGCGCGCGGUGCCGAUCACUGUAUUAUCUGUCAAUGGGUGUCAUCUCUGUGGAGGCGGUGGAGGGUCUGAUUGCUCUGAUGACACACACUGCGACACUGCGGGAACUGAAGCUGGUCCGUGUCGCUCACGGUGGGCUUGGCUCUGCUGUUGCCUCUGCCAUCGCCCGUCACGGGCGCUUUAUAGAGUCGCUGGACGUCUUUUCGGUGUCGGACAGCGCGGGAAGCGGCGAAGGCGGCGGCGGCGGCGGAGAGGAGUCCACGACCAGAUCGUCGUCGUCGUCAGGUGCAUGCUGGAUGUCGGUUGUUCGCGGUUGCCCUCGUCUGGCCCACCUCUGCCUCCGUGACUGCCCAAACAUGACCGAUGGGGAUCUCAGGGUCUUCUGCUCCUCCUCCUCCUCCUCCUCCUCCUCUUCCUCCUCCUCCUCGGGCUCCGUGGAAGAGGAUUCUUCUCUUGUUGUUGGUGAAGGAAGACGGAGGGGGGGAGGAGGAGGAGCUGGCGGUGGUAGUGCCGUCGAGGGCGCCGGCUUCUCCUUCGGCAGAUUGACGUCGCUGUCUCUCAUGCAUGCUGAUGUGUCGGGAUCGGGACUGGUGUGGGUGAAAGAGGCCUGCCGGCUCAGCCUGCAGAAGCUGGACCUGAGUUUUUCGAGAGUGGCCCAUCUGCGAGCCCUCAAGGCGGGAGGGGACAGCAGAUGGAUCUCCUUGGAGGCCAUCAAUCUGGAGGGCUGCGACCAGAUCGACGACGAUGACAUGGAAGCCAUAGCCGACACGUGUCCCAAUCUCCGCUCGCUGAACGUCAGCGAGUGCUUGGCGGUAAGCGACGUCGGGGUUCGCUUGCUGUCUCGUCGAGGGGGCAGUAGCCUCGAGCAUCUCGACAUGAGGCGGACGCCACGUGUCACCGGUCAAAGCUUCCGCUCGGGAUUCCCCCGGCUGCGGAAACUCCGUUUGACCCACUGUCGGUUGAACGAGGAUGGACUGCGCGCCAUCGCCGCCGGCUGCGCAAGAUUGGCGGAUCUCACCAUCGUGUCCUGCUUCAAGGUGACUGAUGCAGGGCUGAAAUGGAUGGCUAGCUGUGCGGAGCUCGAGAGGCUGACCACGGAGAGUUGCUGCAACAUCAGCGCCGCCGGGAUCUGGGACCUGGCCAAGCGGUGCCCGGUGCUAUCGGAAGUCGUUUUGUCGUCUUGUGAACGCGUGGCGUCGUCCGACGUGGUCUGGCUCGCUGAGCGGAUGCGCUCCAAGCGCCUGGGCGGCGUGUGCUGCACGAUGCGCUGAAGACAGUAAAUCACACAGCUGCGGCGACAGAAGCAAUCAAUCCGCCGACGUCUGGACCGCGUCCUCGCAUCUGUGUGUGUGGUUGGACUAGGCUAAGGUCGAGGAUCGCGAUCCCUCUAUGGUGUGUGACGCUGAGCGGCGGCAUAGUGCCGUGUUGCGUUCAUCCUCUCGCAUCUCACGUGUCACGUGUGUGUGUAGACACUCUUUCGGCCGGUCAUGCCUUGGGCGUAUGAUGCCGGAUGAUGCGCUCAAUAAAUCACACGGCCACAACCGAAGCAAUCAAUCCGACGACGUCGGGACCCGUCCUGGCUUCGCUGGGUGUGUGCUUCUACGAGGUCGACGAGGAUCGCGAUCCCUACUAUGGUGUGUGACGCUGAGCGUCGGGACUCGUCCUCGCUUCGCUGUGCUUCUACUAGUAGGGUCGAGGAUCGCGAUCCCGACUCAUCCUGGCUUCGCUGUGCUUCUACUUGUAGGGUCGAGGAUCGCGAUCCCUUUGUGGUGUGUGACGCUGAGCGGCAUCGUGCCGUGUUGCGUUCAUCUUCUCGCAUCUCACGUGUCACGUGUGUGUGUAGACACUCUUUCGGCCGGUCACGCCAUCGCAGCUGCUGCUGAUGCGGCCUAAAAGCCCCUGGGCGGCGUAUGAUGCCGGACGAUGGGCUCAAUAAAUUGCACAGCCACAACCGAAGCAAUCAAAUCAAUCCGACGUCAGGACCCGUUAUGGCUUCGCUAUGUUUCUUCUACGAUCCGGGUGAGGGCAUACUCACACUACGUAGCACUUUCCUACCUGGUAUCUGACUGCAAUUACGACUGUGUACGUGGAUGUAUGAAUCUGACUGCAAUCACGUUCAAAGCUAGGUAGAAAAGGUGGUGGGGGGACAUGAUAUGGUUGAACAGGUGGUGGGGGGACAUGAUAUGGUUGAACGAGUAGUAGUGUUGGGCCCACUCGCUGCCGUUCAAACGUUCCAUUACCUUCUUCCCCCGAAUACAACGUGAGGCUCAUUAUCGUUGCAUUUGGCGUAACCUUCAGUCUAGACACCUCGAUAAUAACUGUACGCAUUCUAUUCGGUGGAAGACGGUGGCAUGGGGGCUACAGAAACUGCUGCUUUUGCUUCUGCUGCUGCUGCUGCUGCUGCUGCUGCUCCUCCGUCAUCUCUCUGAGAGCUUGCCUUUUGGUGAUUGAUGUCCCCUCCUUUUCGUACACCAGACCGACUUGGAAAUGAGAAGAACUUCAGAAAUGAGAACAACUUCAGAAAAUGCAACGCGAGCGAUGCCUUUGGGGUCGUCUAGUAUCAUUGGAUCUAGCUAACUAACACACCCAUUCGAUCGUUGGAUCUAGCUAAGUAACACCCAUUC